CAAACAAAGAAGGAAGUUAAAAUGGGGAUUUGUAGUUGUACAUAUAUUAAUCAGUUUUUUCAAAGUUUAAAAAAAUACUUAAUUGUUAUUUCACUUUAUAAAGUGUAAUUGCUCAGGGAUACUAAAUUUCAUAACAGCUUUUAACUUUUUAACUUAAUAUACGCUUAUAUCACAUACAUUGAUAUUAAAACAGAUUUAAUAUCUAAACAGACGGAUAGUUACUAAUAAACUUAGAUAAUGUGGCAGUUGACCUAAAUACAAUCGACACUGUUUAUUUUCCAAUACAGGUAAAUCCAAUAUUUGUUUUACAAUGGAUCUAUGACGGAUUAUCAUUGAAUACCCCUGGACUUAUUGGACUCAACUGCCACAUUAUCAAAGCUUAUUAGUACGACGGUUUUCAAGAUGGCUACGGGUGGUAGCUUUUCUAGAACAUUAGAGGGCGGACAUGAGCCUUUUUAUGACUUUCCAUGUUCGCUUUGUGAAAAGGAAGGAAAGCACUUAGAGGCUGUCAGAUAUUGCGAGGAAUGUUUCGUCUACAUGUGUGAGUCUUGUGUCAGGAAUCACAACAGAUUUCCGCACCAGUUACUGGACCAAAGGGCGUUUGUGAAAGUGGCGCAGUCUAAACUUGUUUCAUUUCCAACGAAGCGAUGUUUGAAACAUCCGGGUGAAGUCGUUAACAUAUACUGCGGGAACCAUGAUGUCGUCUGCUGUAGCUCGUGCAAGGUUCUGGAGCACAGCAACUGUGCUAACACCAAGCAUUUGAUAGACGCGGCUAAGGGUAUACAAAAAAGCGACGAGUACCAAACUAUCAAACAAGAAACACGGGCCCUCCUGAACGACGCCGUUAGAGUUCUUGCAGACCGGAAAGCUGAUAUUUCUCGUAUUGAAAAUGAAAGAAAAGAUGUCAUGAAAAUUAUUGCUAAUUUUAGAAAGAAAGUCAAUAAGUACUUUGAUGAUCUGGAGGAAAACGCUCUCGAUGCCUUACAUGAUAAAGCGGAAAUUAUCGUAAGCAGUUGCGAACAAGAUACAAAAGAUCUUACCGUCAUGAAAUCAACAGCUGAGAACAUGCUGAAGCAGCUAGAGUCAUUCAAGGGAGAAAAUGAGUGCGAUCUCUUUGUACAAGUCAAAACCGACAAGAUAUUCUUAAGUAAUGCUAUGCAGGAAGUUCUUAACAUCUCGAAGAAGGUACAGAAAGAUGCUAUUAACUUUAGAAUAGACCUGAAAAUCGAGCCAUACCUUAGUUCACUUGAAAUGUUGGGCAGCUUUACUGAGAUCCCUAUGAACGCAAGUAACCAUUCACCAGUAGCCAAAGACAGGCAUGAGCGCCAGUCACGUGCAUCGACGUCAUCCUCACAGACGUCUCCGGAUAAUCGUGCUCCGCUUCCUAUAUACAUGUACAAAACACAGCUGUAUGGUAAAUUUGGUGUAAAGGAGAAAUCUGAUUCUAAAGCGUGUGAUAUAUCAAACAUCUGUCAGUUACCAGACGGAACUAUCCUUAUUGCUGAUAAUAUCAACAGUAAGCUGAAGAGACUAGAUCAGUCAUAUAAACUUCUCGAUUCUCUACAACUAUCCGUCCCUCCACAUAGUAUAUGUAACGUUGGUUCUGAUGAGGUUGCUGUGUCUCUGUUUGAUGCUAAGAAAGUUCAGUACAUAUCUGUAAAAAAGAAACUGACAUCGAAGAGAUCAUUCAGUACAGGUAACUACUGUAGAGAAUUGGUUUAUGUUGAUGAUAAACUGUAUGUCUGUUGUGGUGAUAUAUAUGAUUCAUCUUCCGGUUGUAUAGAAGUGUAUAACAACACUCGUCAGUACAUCAUUCUAUAAGUGGAUUAUCUUCCGUUCCAGCUUACAUCACAGUCACAGAUGAUGGUCAGCAUCUUCUUGUUACCAGCUAUCGCAGUGAUAACAUUACUAUGUUGGAUCUGACUGGUAAUGUAGUCAACACGUUCAGCAACAGGAACUUGAAACAACCUCUAGGCAUAUGUACUGAUGGUAAAGGUCAGAUAUUUAUCUGUGGGUUAUACAGUAACACAGUUGUUCAGUUAGAACCCAAACAGCAGAAGAUAGACGUGAUCCUGGGAGAGAAAGAUGGUAUCAAGAAUCCUUGGGCAAUUUACUAUGACAGAAAGCAGUCGAGAGUAUUGAUCUCCUGUUAUCAAUCAAAUCAACUGUUAGUUUUCAAUUGGAAAAGGGUGUAAGGAAUCAGAAGAAGAACUCUGACAAAAUCGACAUUAAUAUCAUUAUACCGUUUCAAUGUACAUGUAUUUUGAGUUUUGUAUAUCAUUAUUAUCAAAUAUCCAUUAUUUUCAAAGUGAAGUAUUAUCACGUUGUUUUGCUGACAUCAGGUGGUAUAUUGAACUGAAUGUAACAUGCUUUCCUUAAAGUUUGAUUUGAUUUUUCAAUGCAAACGUGCACAGACGUUCACUUGCCUUACAUUGAGAAAAUGUAGAUAAAGCCUGGAUUCGCUGGACGGAAAUGAACAUGAAUCAAACAGUGAAGAUACAAUUGAAAAUUGGUAUCUCAAACCAGCUUGUGAAACUUGGUAUCUUCAAACCAGCCUGUGUCGUUAUGGUGAUUGAAUAAAUGCCCAUGUAUUUACCUUAGUGGACAUAAAAUUUUAUGAAUUG